AUGGGAAGCCCCGUCAGGCCCAGCAGCAUCUCGGCUGCCUCAUCAGCCCCCUCGGCCGCCCCGAUUCAGCUCUCCUCCAAGUCGACGGCUGCGGCCCCGAAGCUCAACAGCGAGAUGGAGAUGGGCAGCCUCCCCGCCGACGAGGAGCCCUCGCGGCCCCCGGACAACGACAUCAUGCAGGUCGCCCGCGUCGGUGACAUUGCUGCCAUGGAGAAGCUCUUUGCCUCGGGCGAGUUUGAUGCCACGUUUGCCGACAACGAAGGCAUCACUCCGCUGCAUUGGGCGGCCAUCAACAAUCAGUACGCCAUGUGCAAGUUCCUCAUCGAGCACGGCGCCAAGAUCAACACCAAGGGCGGUGACUCCGUCGCCACGCCCUUGCAAUGGGCCGCUCAGCGGUGCCACUACUACACCGUCGACCUGCUCCUCCAGCACGGCGCCGACCCCCUCAUAACCGACGCGCAAGGCUACAACACCUUGCACAUCUCCACCUUCAACGGCAACGUUCUCCUCAUCGUCCUCCUGCUCCACCAGGGCAUCCCCGUCGACGUCCUCGACAGCUUCGGCCACACCUCCCUCAUGUGGGCCGCCUACAAGGGCUUCCCCCAAUGCGUCGACAUCUUCCUCCGCUGGGGGGCCAGCGUCCACGCCACCGACGAGCAGGGUUUCACCGCCCUGCACUGGGCCCUCGUCAAGGGGAACCCGGGCUGCAUCCUCAAGCUCAUCGAGUACGGCGCCGAUCGCUUCGCCAAGACGGACUCGGGCAAGACCCCCGCCGUCACCGCCAGCGAGCUCAACACCCAACCCGUCUGGCAUCGCGCCCUGAGGGAGUGCGGCUACGGCGAGGACGGCCACGUGGCGACGCCGCCCUGGCCCGGCGCGAGCUACUUCCUCAAGGACAAGAGGGUCUUUGCCACCCGCUUCCUCUUCUUCUGGCCCUUCCUCCUCACCUUUGCCGUCCUCUUCGCCCUCGCCCGCUUUCCCGUCUACUUUGGCGUCCCCAUCGCCUGCGCCUUCAUCUACGGCAUCCAUCUCUGCGCGAAGCAGGUCUUGGAGUAUGCGCCUUCGGACAUGCGCCACUUUCACAAGACGCCCUGGAUGGCUGGCAUCUUCGCAGGCUCCCUCUUCUUCGUCGGCGUCAACUGGCUCGUCGUCAUCCUACCCACCACGACGCGCGGCCUCGCGGCCGCGGAAUCCCCCCACUACCUCCUCAACCUCGUCUUCGCCUUUCUCUACUUCAUGACGGCCUUCUUCUACGCCGCGAGCAUGCGGUACGACCCCGGAUUCGUCCCCAAGCUCAACGGCAUCGCCGAGCAGAGAGCCGUCAUCGACGAGCUGCUCAAGGAGUGGAAGUACGACGAGUCCCAUUUUUGCGUCACCUGCAUGAUCAGGACGCCCCUUCGGAGCAAGCACUGCCGAAGGUGCCAGCGCUGCGUGGCCAAGCAUGACCACCACUGCCCGUGGGUGUACAACUGCGUCGGCGUCAACAACCACCGACAUUUCUUCUUGUAUCUCGUUUGCCUCACGGCCGGCAUCUUCGUCUACGACGGGCUCCUGUAUUACUACUUUGCCAACGUUGCACCUGCCGCCGCCGAGACGUGCAACGUCUUUGGCCCGUCGCCGUGCAAGAUGAUCAACGCCGACUCGUACACGCUCAUACUUGCCGUCUGGAUAUCGUUGCAGCUCAUUUGGGUCACCAUGCUCGUCUUUACCCAAUUCUUCCAGGUCUCCCGCGCCAUGACGACGUACGAGAACAUGACGGGCAUCCACAUCAGCCCUCCGACCAUGGCCCUCACCUCUACCGGCACGCCGCUCGACCCCAGCCUGGCCCUCGCCGCAUCGGCCGAGACGCCGGGUGCCAGCCGGCACAAAGGCGGCGUGCUCAAGCAGUGGAGCCGGCUGCUCGGCGUCGACCCCUUCAUCGAGACCAUCACCGGGCGCGGGGCGGCUUCGGGCAAGAACAAGCGCAAGAACAAGAACCCCUACAGCAGAGGGUGCCUAUCGAACUGCAGGGACUUUUGGUGCGAUCCCUCGCCCGUCUUCGGACAGAGGGAGAAUGGCAGUGCCGUGCUGGGCGGCGAAAAGGUCGACUACACGGCCAUGUACGAGAGCCCGACGCUCAUGCGCCUCACGGGCAUCAGGACAAGAGGAGGGUACGAGGCGGUGGGAGCCGACGACGUCUAA